AUGAAUAAGUAUAGUCCGUGUAUUAACACUGAAUAUGAUAAACGAUUGAUCACGCACAGUCCUAUAAUUAACACGGAAUGCAAUUGGGAUGAUGGCGAUGAUGAUGAUGAUGAUGAUGAUGAUGAUGACAAUGAAGGCGAAAUGAAAGAAGGGAAAAAGUGUCACAAUUGUCAGCUAAACUUACUUUAUGCUAUUUGA